UAGAUACACAAAUCCGAGAGCGCCGAUUGGCCCGAUCCGACCGUGCGCCCGACCCGACGGCGGCGACUAACCCCUAUAGCUGCCGCGGCCCUACUUCGCCCUGCUUUAUGCUACUUGCCGCAUAGCACGCAAGCACCGCAACCCGCUCACACACCCCACCCAAAAUCAGGAGCAACGAACGCACGCACUCUGCACACGAGAUGUUGUGUGUCUUUCGAAAAGACGAACUCGCAAAUGUUCCAACAACUGGUCUCUGAGCGUUGCGCAAUUUCUCUUGGCAAUAAUCGGGAGCUGCGUCUCUUUAUUAUACCCGCUUUAACCUCACGCGUGACACGUCUAGAGAAGAGAAACUUGGAUUCGGAGCAGCGAGCAGCGAAUGUGGAGGCUGGCCAAGGUGAGCGAGCGAACAAGAAAACAAACGAGCCUGCCAACAGCUGCGGCCGCUUCCCAUCUGUAGCUGCUAAUUCUAUCCCCAUGCACGACUCAUCCUCUCAUGACAACUUGCCCCGAUCUUAGAGAAAAGCAUGGCGGAGGACGGACAUGCAGAUGACCGGCCGCCUGAGGACCUUUGGCUGCUGCUCUCUGACCAGGUGCUUCUGCACAUCUUCCGGUAUAUCUCCGCACCUGACUUGCUCCGGAUCAAACAGGUGUGUCGACGCUGGCAUCGCGUCGGCUGCGAUGAAUUUCUGUGGAGGGACCUGCUGCACAUCGACUACAAGGUGGACCGGUCCGUCGGACUUCCUCCAGGGCGUACAUCGUGGAUGGAAGAGUAUUACCGGCUGACUGCCUGCGUGCCUUUGAUGGAAACGGAAGUCUUGCGCGAACACACGCACCAAGUGCUGCACGUCAGCUUUUCUCACAAUGGGGAGAUGUUCGUCACCUGCUCCAAAGAUGGCCUAAUCUUGUUGUGGGACUCUGGAUACCCGGCCAAAGUGAGGCACCACCAUGACAUGAAGCAGUUCUCCUGGAAAUAUACUCAAUACUCUCAGUUCAAUAGCUCUGACACACUGCUCUUGGUGUCGGGCGUUCAUUUUGGCACGCCACACAGCACCUCUGGAGAAAUCGCUGUUUUUAGUCUGCAAGGUGAAUUUGAGCUGCAGUGUCGAAUGGCAAACAAACCCUAUGACAUUUUUGGCACUUGGUACAACGAUCGCUACCUUUUGUCGGGUGACCUGUACUGGCUGGCCCACUUAGUCAGCACGUCCAUCCUGUGGCUGAAUAAGGCGUCCCAAGAGUCAAGCUCGGAGCACGUCGCCAUCAUGGACCAGCUCUUCCGCUUUUACAACCGAAACGCAAGUUCGGUCAGAUCAAUCAUGGUGGCCGACUGCCUUGCACCUGAGGCUGUGGAAACGCAGAAAAAUACCAAGCCGCAAAGCAAACCUGAAGAGGAACGAAGUGGAAACCCACCGUCCCACCACGCACAAACCACACCAAUGCCUUCAGCCGGCCCUGGAACUUCUAAAGAGAGUUCGGAUAGUAGAAAAGUUCGUUGUGAUAGUACCUGUGAUUUUCCAAGUCCCAUCCAGUACAAAAAGGAGUAUCGUCUGGCCGAGGCAGAAAACAGCCAAGACGAUGCUAAAUCUGAGGAGGUCUUGUGCGACAGUGGAGAAGCUAGCAUAGAGGAAGGAGCCAGCAUUUUGGAGGGGUCCUCUGACGACGAGGACGAAGAUUUUGAAGAAGAAGAAAGUGUCCUGGAGAGCAAAGACAAGUUCCUCAUUUUCACCACUGGCUCGAAAACAUUCACGCCCCAUCAAAUUGGUUUUAAGAGGAUAAAACCUGUCCAAUUCCGCCACCGCCUUGACCCUGGUCCUAGUUUACAAGAGCGCCUGGCGGAGCACAGGCGGCGAACAGAGCUAGAAAGACAGCAGCUGGAAUUAGGUGCCCCUCCGAGACCGCCAGAGCCGAAUUGGCUAGAUUACGACUCUGUUGCUGAUCGUUUUGAUCGCAUUGAUCACUUGAUUGACCUGCAUGGACAUAUUAUCGGCAUGGGAUUAUCUCCUGAUCACAGAUUCUUGUAUGUAAAUAGCCGGCCUUGGCCACAAAACUACGAAAUCACAAAUCCACUGGAACCUCCCCACAUCGCGCAAGAAAUAGACAUCCAUGUCAUCGACUUGGUCACUCUACAGGAAGUGGGCACAAUGCUGCGGGCGCACAAAGCUUACACUCCCAAUAAUGAAUGCUUUUUCAUUUUUCUCGACGUCUGCAAUGAAUAUGUAGCAAGUGGAGCCGAAGACAAGUUUGGACACUUGUGGGACAGGCACUAUGGGACGUGUCUGGUCAAGUAUCCUCACGACGACGUUGUUAACUCAGUGGCAUUCAAUCCAAGGGAUCCUGAGAUGUUAGUCACAGUAUCAGACGACUACUCCAUCAAAGUGUGGCGAUCGAGGAGAAAAGUCAAGGGGCUGAGUGAGGAGGAAAGUCUGAAGGGUGACGAGAAAUUGCAUGGUGAUAUUGCCCAGGCUGUUGAGUUGCGCAAGGGUGCAAAGAACCGCCAAAGAAAAAGAACAGUUUCAAGAAGUUUUAAUCCAUUUAGUGGCCUUGUGUGAUUUCUUUCUCCCUCAAAAGUUGAUGAUUGCAAUGGUGUCGCAAAGCAAACUAACUGUUAGUAAUGCAAACAGGCCAACGCAAGCUAUUGAAUUUCAUGCACUGAUUGUUAAAUAGUUUGGAUCUUUUUGAGAAUUUAUCUGUGGUUUAUGCAACAUGUGAAUUAAAUACGAUACAUUACAGUUA